CUUCCACUCACAGCAGCCAAUAUACGAGAUUAGCACCUCGUUCCCUACCCACAGCACCCCUACUGCAGCAUCACCCCGGGAAGCGAUAAUCCCGCUGCACCUCGCUUAGAUUUAGAUGACCACCAGCUUCGUACUCGGGAGGGUGAUGUUAUAUGAUGUGAUGUUAUGGGAUGGGCGUCAUGGGAUGGACAUGAUGGGACGAGAUGGAUAGAUGUGACGAGGCGCUCGGAACCGAUGAUUUCCGCUCGGUUGGGUGGAAGAGGGGAAGGAAGGGAAGGAAGAUGCAUAUGCAUAUGCAGUCUGCAAGCACACACCAACAUCUCACGAUCUGCGACGGAGGAGGAGGCUCGGUAAGACAACAAUGUUGUCUGUUCGGCGAUGUAUAUAGUAGGGAGUACUCGACACGGACAGGAGAGAAGACGCAGGGACGACUCUGUGGAAGAUUAGAAGAUCUAGUCUAGACGGGCUCUGGGCCCGUUCCUGCCCCGCUGUCAACGGGCCUGUCUAGACCUGGUCUGCUUGGCAGCAACUGAUUUUUUGACGUCGCGUCGCCGUUGCUGGGCGCUGCGCCGCAGAGAUGGAUGUCUUCUCCCCUUUCCUCCCUCCGAUUUGUUCUCCCAAAUACCCAUCGUGACGUCGUCAAAAUGCGUACAACUACCCUCCUCGCCGUGGCCCUCACAGCCUCCAUCGCCACCGCAACCCUCCCAGCAUCCAUCACCCACGCCCCCCGAGCCCAACCCACCAUCUCCGAAGACCCCUGGCAGUGCGUCACCGAGAACCUAACCCAAUACCUCGACGUUCCCAAGCCCACCGGUCUCCUCUUCAGCGCGCUCCAGUCCUACGCCUCCGAUCUCUACGAGCCAUGUCUCGCCGCCAUGUCCACCGCCACCUACCUCGACUACUGCUUCCCUCCACAGUCAGAAUGGUGCGCCUUCACCACCGCAGCGCCAAAGGACGUUCUUCCAGCCUACUCCUCAUACGCGAGCCAGGCGUACUCGUGGUGGUCGGCGCGGAGCUCUACGAUCGCGUUCCUGAAGCAGGAUUGCCCUAAUAACUGGGAUCUGAGCUUGUGGCGUGUUCCAGGCGGCGAGGAGUGGCUGAAUGAUACUAUCGCCUUCGCUGGAUGCUAUGCUGAGGCGCUUACGGCUACUGGACCAGCGCCGACGGGAUUGACUACGGGGGGGGCAGCAACGACGGAGACGACGGCUACGAGUCGCGAGGGGGCGGCUGUGGGAAGCGCGACUCCGACGGCGACAGACGUGCCGAAUGGUGCUGGGUGGGUGGGCGUAGACAUGUGGAUGGUUGCAAUGGCUGGGUUCGCUGCUGUUGUGGUUUAGAGAGGGGCGUUGUUGGCGAAAAAGGAUGUGAUGCGCAAGUCCUAGACGAGCUCCUGACGCCGCCUCCGGGCCUCAGUCCCUCCAAGAGGUCGGUCGACCGAUUAUUAUAUUGUAACUGUGCUUGGCCAUGUACCCCUGUUCUAUAUAUCUAUAUCUAUAUAGAGCAGGGCUACAUGUCUAAUCUCAGUUAUAAUAUAAUAAUCUGUGGACCGCACUCUCGUACACCGACUCCAUCAUCCCCACCACUAACCGGAUCGAAGUCCGCGACCUCCUCGCUUUAUUAUCCCCAGGACUUCCCCCCAGAUAUCAUCAAUAGCCUAAUAUUCUCCCGCCCUAUCGCCCUCAUACUCUACCAUCCAGACCUGGCUGUCAUUUGUAAGGGCGGCGUGGGCAAGGUAUUUCUCGCGAGUGAAGAGACCCUCGCCCACGCCGCCCUCACGAACGACAUCUUCCGCCCUCUGCGCGCCUCGGUGUCCUUCGUUUGUAGGUCGCUUCUUCUGCAGGACUGAUGAGCCUCCGCCGCCUCUAAUAGCCCAUGGUAUCAAACACGCAACUACCGCUAAUGCCGUGGCCGUACCCGUACCUGUCGCAGGUGUAACUACUGUACUAUGUUUAUAGAUGCCAAUAUACUAGUUUUUAAGAUGAAGUUAGUAAUAGAUUAUAUGGUAAGACUCAUAUAAAAGCUAUUUAUAAUAAUGUAUAUACAGAUGAAUAUCCCUUAGUUAUAAGAGACGCUACCCUAAUAUUACUACUAGAC